UGUCUUUCUAAAUCAGCAACACCUUACAUUGCACUACAAAGUCAUAGCUGAUUUCUCAGACAGACAAACACACACACGUACGUUUCUGAAUCAUAGGAAAUGUGUCCUCUCAGGUUUAUUCUCAUAUUCCUGUCGGCAACACUUGCCGGCUUCUUGGUCCUUAGAAACCUUAGAUCUCAACCUCACACCACUGAUGUCACUGAGUUGGAGGACGCAAACAGUGAAAAUGAACACACCACCCUAACCUCAGAUGCUGCUUCUCCUUCCUUAAACCAUGCAAAUGCAACUUCCAAGGUUUGGGGUGCAUUGCUAUCUGGGUUCUGGACCUUCCUUGACAUGGCUAGCGGUCGCUAUCUUUGGAAGCACUUGGUCUCAUCCUCUUCAACAAAGCCUGAAUGAACGGUUACUAUGACACACACAGACACAUAUAUAUACAUAUAUUUGCUUUUAAUGGUGAUAAAUUGAUAAUUAAUCAUAACAUAGUUACAAUAAUCAUGAUUCAUGACAUGCAUGUGGUUUAGACUUCUCUUCUAGUAAUUGCUUCUUGCUUUUAUGUAGUUGGUGCAGUAUAUAAGUAGUUGGUUGGUAGAUAAUCAUGGCUCUUAUGCAAAUGACCAGGGAUUUCACACUGAAUCUGUAUAUGAAUGAACAUAUGCUGAAAGGGGUGAAAACUUUAAAUAAAUCGAUAUUUUGCAGAUUAGUCUUUGGCUUUCUGAAAUUACCCCGGUUCAAAAAAAAAAGUUGUAAUGGAAUACGGCUUUUCUCCUCUGGAAACUGGUCUU